AUGGAUGUACCUGCUGGGGCUGUGACAAACACCUUUAUAUGCCAGUCACAUUGGAGCGCUCUGGAACUGGGCGGAUAUGGAGGGCACCAAGCACAGCGACAGGCUAUCCUGCAGGAGCUUUUGAAGAUACACUACAAUAUGGGAGAGCUUGACAAAUUUUCUUUCAGGUUUAAUAUCAACAAAGAAAGAUUGGAACUUUGGAUUAGGAGUCUAUGGUCUCGGCUAUACCCUCAUAUUCCCAGGACCGUGAAUCCCGAGCUGGCACGGAAGCGGCUGUGGGAUCUCUACCUGGCCUAUAAGCGUUCCUGGACCAGACUGGGGGUGAAUAUAGUACCAGCUGGCACACCUUAUAGAUCCCCAGCGGAUGCCGAAGCUGACGAAGCUGCCGCCCAAGCCGCACCAGCCAUUCAAGCUCAAGUUGAGGCUGGAGCUGCUCCAGGCCCCCCCCCUCACCUAGGCCUGCUUUUGUACCUUUACCUGUCGUAA